AUGGCAAAUAAACCGUUACGUUUCGAAAUCGAGAUAUCCAAAAUCCCAUUGGUCCAACACGCAAUGGUGGGGGGUGAUGGAGGGAAUGAAACGUUAAAAUGGCUACCUUUGUCCGUGUCGACCGUCUUACAAUUAUUAUUGUAUGCCACGACAGAAACUGAAUUCAGAAUUAUACUGAUAUCGUUUUUAUUAUUGUUUCCGUCGGCGUCCGAAAUUCCAAAUAUAAAAUAUCCAUUCGCGAGUAACGGCAAAGCGGAUUGUGUACUGUGCCAUUGGAUUUCUUCCAUUUGUUGGUCCACUGAGACAAAUAUGAGUUCCAUUUCCAACGUCGAAAACCUGUCACCGCAGACUAUCCGCAGGCUAGUACGGGAACAAGAAGAACUGAUAAAAGACCCUCCGGAAGGCAUACGGAUUGUCGUCAACGAUUCUGAUGUAACUGACAUUCAAGCAUUCAUCGACGGUCCCGCGGGUACACCGUACGCGGGCGGUCGGUUCAAUGUAAAAUUAGUGUUGGGAAAAGACUUUCCACAUACACCACCUAAAGCAUAUUUUCUUACCAAAAUUUUCCAUCCAAACGUAGCUAGCAGUGGUGAAAUAUGUGUCAACACUUUGAAGAGGGAUUGGAAACAAGAUUUAGGAAUAAAACAUAUUCUUCUUACGAUUAAAUGUUUAUUAAUAGUACCAAAUGCAGAAUCCGCUUUAAAUGAAGAAGCUGGCAAACUUCUAUUAGAAGAAUAUGAUCAUUAUUUCCAAAGAGCGCAAAUGAUAACAGAAAUUCAUGCUCCGAUACCUAAAAGUAUGAAGAUAGGACGAGAAGAAGAUUCAAGUGAUGGUCCAUUAGCAAAAAAACAUGCUGGUAGUAAAACAUUAGAAAAGAAAAGAAUUUCUAAAGAUAAAAGGAAAACAUUGAAAAGACUUUAG